AUGGCCGACCUGCCUAAAGAGCGAAUUCAGGCCUCGCGCCCAUUCAUAGUCACCGGUGUGGACUACUGUGGGUCAUUUUAUUACAAGCCUGAAGUACGCAAUAAAUCGCCCCACAAAUGUUAUGUAAGCGUUUUCAUUUGCUUCGCCACAAAGGCUGUAUGGAUGGAGUUGGUAAGAGACCUCUCAACAGGUGCUUUCAUUGACGCGCUAAAACGAUUCAUCGCUACGCGUGGCAUACCCAGCUGCAUCUGGUCUGACAAUGCGACGAAUUUUGUAGGCGCCAAGAACGAGCUUAAAGAACUACGGAACUUAGCCCUCAGCGAGAAACACCGCAGCGAAGUCCACAACUUUUGCCUCAGUAAUGGCUUUGAUUGGCGUUUCAUCCCACCUCGCUCUCCGCACUUUGGCGGUUUGUGGGAAGCGGCCGUAAAAACAGCCAAACAACAUUUCUAUCGUUCCGUUGGCUCAUCACUGCUUGGCUUCGAUGAAUUGCGUACUUUG